AUGCGAUGGAGAGACGGCUGCACUCACACAGCCAUUGAUCGCCUGCCCUUUUGGGUGUACGCUCGCCAAGUUCUGCCCCAGCGAACCGCUUUCUUGGGCGGCUUGUACCACAGAACGGCGAGUAGUAAGACCAAUGUGGUCCGCUCCAUACAGUGUGAUGAGUGCAAGAUACACGAUCUACCUACCAUUGACCAGUGCCUUGGCUACUUCCAACACAGCGGCGCGGGGGAGCCUGAAGUA